GCAAUCAUGUUUACAAUCAUUGUGGAUUCUGUUUUCUGUGCUUUUGCGGGCAUGAAUUAUUGAAACUGGUCAAGAGAAAUGCUGUUUGGAUAAUUUAGAUGCAAUAAAGGUAUGAUUUAAACGCUAUGCAGCUGCUGCUUCUGCUAAUGGGUGUACAGGACCUUCACCGAUGAUUCACACCGAUUUGUUUACAUCAUACCGAUGAAGCGGGGCGCGAUUUGCAUGAUAACAAACGAAAGUGAAAGUGAGCGUCUUCGAUAAGAAGAGGGACACGAUGGAAAGUGACGAUAAAAGUGAUAUCAAAAUCAAGGAAAAACUCAACCUCCACGUGAAGAAGCGUUUGCAGGAAACGGUCAAAGAUUCGCCACCCGAUAAACAUGAACCCAAGGACAAGAACAGCUCUACGGCGGGAGCUAAUGCAACCGGAGCUCCAAGAACGAAAAGACAGAAAACCAAGAAUGGAUCUAAAAAUACAUCAAAUACGCCAACAACGGCAGUCGUUUCAUCUACCCCUGCUACGGCUAUUCGAACAAACGAUCUGCUUCUGUCGCCUGGUGCAGCAAACAGUAAUGAUACAACCAACAGUAGCAUCAAUUCCACCGAUCAGGACGGAGAGUUGAACGACCGGGAAGCGUGUGACAAGGGUGAUAGGCCGGCCAAGUCCAGCCAACGAAUGGACAUAUUUGCGAUGAUAUUAAAUCAAAAGAAAAGCUCACUGAUGUGUGAUCCUGAGGUGAUCCAGUUUAUGAAAAGUCUCACCGAAAGCAAAAAAUGAAGAUCUUAUCCUUGACAUCGCUAUGUGUUCAGGUUGCCUAUGUAGCCGUUGCUUUUGUACGCAAGUCAUUAUGCUGAAAGGCUCAAAUAUAAACAA